AUGAGUGCAUCGGAUCACAGAACAUUCUUUAGAAAUCCUAGGAUUAGUGAUGUAGAAAAUUUGGCGAUUUCUAUGAGAAAUGGUCCUUGCAGACAGAAGUAUAAACCUGUUGACUACAAACAUCUAUAUGAACUUGCUGCGGCUGAAAAAAUGACAUCUGCAAAAAUUCAGUUAAAGAUUAAAAAAACAGAGCAAGUUUCAAAAAUUAGAAAGGAGCAAAUGCUACUGAAACAGCAUCGGCAAGUGUGGUGGCAAGAGCAUAAAAGACUGAGUGAGAACAGGCAAAAGGCAGAAGAAGAAAUAAAGACCUUUCUUGAUGAAGAAAGCCAUAAACACAACUUUUUUUUUGAUAUGAGGGACUUGGAGCAUAAAUUAUCAAAGGAGCGGGAUACAUACCAAAAAAGUACUGUGGUUCCUAUCUGGCAACUGAAAGAGAAUUUGAAAUUCAGGCUGUCUGAGAUGCAGGGGUACCUCUCAGAAGAAGCUUGUGUGAAAUCAAAGAUGAAUCCAGUUGAGAUGUUACAGCAGAUCAGAUUUGUGAAGAAGCAACAGACGGCAAUAUUGGAAUUCCUUGUCCGUCAAAGUCUGACUUUGGAAAGAGAACUUGAAGACUGCAAAACAAAAGCAUUAGCGCAUUCCUUUAAAGAGAAGACUGGACUUUUUCUUGACAUUCCUUCAGCACUGCUGUCUUUGGAAUGCCCCUACUCUGAUUUGAAGAUCUUAGUUAUUGAUGAAUACCGGAAGCUCGCAAACGGAUACUGGUCUAAGCUUCAAGAGAUUGAUCAUCAGUUAGAAGUUUUAUCUAGGAACAUUGAAUGGAAGGAAGAAGAUCAGUGGGUUUUUCAGGCUGUUAUCAAUCAGUAUCCAAGUGAUCUUCAGAGGAGGAGGACCUUGUACCUCGAUGCACUGCAGAGAUACCUUCCUCACAAAUCUAGGCAUGAUCUGGUUGUUCAUGAGAAAGCUUGGGAGUGCUACCACUUCCUUAGGAAUCAGCGCAGAGUCUUGAUGUUAAAUUGGGCUCAAGCUCAAAAAGCCUUUUUACUGAAGGCAGUGGCGACUGCUGCUGAAGCUUCUGCUGCUCACGAGACAGAAGUAGCAUUGGCUGAUUCCAGACAAAAGCAACAGGAGAUCUGUGCUGAUUUGAAAGCAAAGGUUCUACAGUGGAAAGCCCAGCAGGAAGAGGCUGCUAGACUAGAAGCUGCUAUAGCUGCCAGAAGAAAAGAAAAGGAAGAUGAGAAAGAAAGGCUGCAGAAGGAGAAAGAAAUCAUUCGUAGAGCUCAGGACAAAGAGAAA